UCUCAAGCUGUAUUGAUUCACUAAACUGAGCUGCAGUGAUGGCGGAGCAAAAUCGCGGCGGCGGAAAUGCUAAAGCUGAUGAUCAAUUCACGCGGUGCCCGCACUGCGCCGGCCCUCUCACUAAGGAGAUGGAGACUAGCAAGUGGACCGUUUCGCCACUCGUUAGAGAAGGCUUCUCUAUGAUAGGAACGGCGGUUGGAGGGAUAGCAGGCGCUGUCUACGGCUUCAACCACACUAUGCCCGUCGUUAGGAGGAGGAUUAAAGGGCCUAUGUGGCUGCAAUUCUUCGUUGGUGGACCUCCUGUCAUUAUUUUCUCAUCAGGAUGUGCCGGGCUAGCAGGUGGUUCACUUCCGGCUUUGGCUCAACUUGCAUCUUCAUCUUACCAUGCCUUUCUGUCCUCCCCACCAUCUCCACCUUCAUCCUCGUAGAACUUGGAAUCUACUGGUUGUGGGCUCUUCUCUUAAUUACCGGUUCCUGUUGAUUGGGAGAACAUUAAUGGAACAUUAAUGGUUUUGCUAGGGAGGAGGAUUGCUAAUAUGAAUGAGGAUGGUGAAACGACACUCAAAUGUAUUUGAUACAAAUGUAUUUGAUACAUGUAAAAAAUAGUAAAAAACUGAUUUCUUAUGCAUUCAAGAUGUCAGCUUAUAUCAGUUAAUGCUAGUUCCUUUUUUUUCUCA